CGGAGGAUUGUUGGCCUACUCCUGUUGGGUCUUACCAUCUUCAUGUGGACAGCUACGAACUUUCUGUCUUCAAGCAUCUUCGCCGAUGACACCUACUCGAAGCCCUAUUUUGUGACCUACAUCAACACAUCCUUUUUCAUCAUACCCCUGAUACCCAUUUUGGUCAGCAAAGCCUACAGACAUCCGGAAGAUCUGCGAAAAUGGAAGGAUGAGCUACGGACAAGCGUCAAGACAUGGCGGAAGUACACGCCGCUCAAGCAGGACGAGGCUGGAGGAACAAGCUAUCAUGACGAGAUGGAGCACAGCCAAGUCCUCAGCGCGCAGGACCUGCUACGGACAACAUCUCAAGAAGCACCUCUCACGCUACCCGACAUCGCAAAACUGAGUCUCGAGUUCUGCAUCCUCUGGUUCCUAGCCAAUUAUUUUGUUGCUGCUUGCUUGCAGUACACCACUGUCGCAUCCUCAACAAUCCUCACGAGCACAAGCAGCGUGUUCACUUUGAUCUUUGGCGCAAUAUUCAAGGUCGAGAAGUUCACGAUCCGGAAGCUACUUGGUGUUCUAUCAUCUCUUGCAGGCAUUGCGAUCAUUUCCAGUUUAGAUCUGUCAGGAAACUCCAGCGACGACAAGCACCGUGGCGAUUUCCCGGAGAAAUCGCUGCGUGAGAUCGCGAUUGGAGACUGUCUUGCAUUCCUGAGCGCCGUCAUGUACGGCCUUUACGCCGUGUUCAUGAAGAAACGAAUAUCCGACGAAACGAGAGUCGACAUGCCUGUCUUCUUUGGAUUCGUGGGUUUGAUCAACGUGCUCAUCUUGUGGCCCGGCUUGUUUGUCUUCCACUGGCUUGGAAUUGAGACACUGGAAGCACCACCGACGUGGCGAGUGACGUUGAUCAUAUUGUGCAACUCACUUGGAAGCCUCAUUGGAGACAUUGCAUGGGCGUAUGCAGUUUUGUUGACGAGUCCUAUUGUUGUAACGGUGGGAUUGAGCAUCACCAUUCCAUGCUCACUGAUAGGGCAGAUUGUCUUGAAUAACCAGACGGCGGGCAUCUGGUACUGGCUGGGGGCUUGUAUCGUUGUCUUUUCAUUUCUCUUCGUCAAUCACGAGGAGAAAAAG